UGGUCUUUAGGAUGGGAAUUUCAGCUCCUGGAAACAGGAUUUUUGGGGAUAUUCUUGUGCCCUCUCUGGACUUUUUCUCGACUACCCAAACAUACCCCAACAUCCAACAUUGUUAUAUGGGGAUUUCGAUGGCUUAUUUUCCGUAUUAUGCUUGGCGCGGGCCUGAUUAAAGUAAGAGGAGAUCGAUGCUGGAGAGAACUAACCUGUAUGGACUAUCAUUAUGAGACACAGCCAGUACCUAACCCUAUUGCCUACUAUUUGCACCAGUCCCCAUGGUGGUUUCACCAGUUUGAGACUUUAAGCAAUCAUUUCAUCGAGCUGGUAGUGCCAUUUUUCAUCUUUUUUGGACGCCGUAUGUGUAUAAUUCAUGGAAUUGUGCAGAUCCUCUUCCAGGUGAUUCUUAUCAUUAGUGGAAACCUGAGCUUCCUCAACUGGUUGACCAUCAUUCCCAGUAUUGCCUGUUUCGAUGAUGCUGCCUUGGGGUUUCUGUUUGGCUCUCAGCAGGGAGGGGUUAAAGAUCGAGUCCAUAAAAUGCAGGUUGAAGAGGCCAAGGAGAAUAAGCCCCCGGUGAGAUAUGGUUGUUUGGUUCGAAGACUAGUCAAUGUCUCUUUAGGUAUCUUGAUUGCCUACCUAAGCAUUCCUGUGAUUAUGAAUUUGCUUAAUUCCAAUCAAGUUAUGAAUACCUCAUUCAACCCUCUCCGAAUAGUCAACACUUAUGGAGCAUUUGGAAGUAUCACCAAAGAGAGGACUGAGGUCAUCAUCCAGGGCACUUCCAGCCUAGUAGCCAAUGAUUCCACUGCAGUAUGGGAGGAAUAUGAGUUCAAAUGUAAGCCUGGGGACCUGAAGAGGAGACCGUGUCUGAUCUCUCCGUACCAUUACCGGCUAGACUGGCUCAUGUGGUUUGCUGCUUUCCAGACCUAUGAGCAAAAUGAAUGGAUAUUCCAUCUGGCAGGCAAGCUUUUAGCCAAUGACCCAGAAGCCUUGUCCCUGAUAGCGUUCAAUCCAUUUGAAGGCAAAGACCCCCCCAGGUGGAUUAGAGGAGAACACUACAGAUACAAGUUCAGCCACCCAGGGGGAAAGCAUGCUGCCGAGGGCAAAUGGUGGAUCCGAAAGAGAAUUGGCCCCUACUUCCCUGCAGUCAAUCUCAAGGGGCUGAAAGAGUUCUUUAAAUCAAGGGACUGGCCUUACCCAGGACACGGAUGAAAGGACAGCUCUCCAAGCCUUCGCAUUCUGUUCCGAGUUUUGCUUUCUAAUAAAGGCCAGAAGCCACA